CAACAUUGAUUGGUACAAACUCAAAUCCAAAUAAAAAAAUCAGAAUUGCAUAAUCAAAACAAUAAUUACAACCAAGUAUGUCUAAAUAUAAUAGUUAAUUAGCAUGCAGAUAACGUAAGAGAAGUGUAGUCCCCACUGCAGUGUGGAAGCACAGAAUCUUCACAAUAUAAUGAUUUCGUAGGAGCAAAAGAUGGAGAGCUCCUCCACGCUGUGCUGAAAGCUAAGCUCCGCUCAAUUUCAACCAUACGCACAAAGAAUAUAAUUCAAGAAAGAAGAAGACUGCUUGUAAUCUUGUAUUUAAUUUGUUUCGAUCCCAAUUUGAUUCCCAUUGGUUGAAGAAGAAAGGAGGAUUUGAAGAAGAUUUAUGGGGAAUUACAAAGGGGCGGCGGAGAAAGAACAGGAAAACGGAGACGACGAAGAUGAGGCAUUGUCGCUGUGUGAUCUUCCCAACAAACAGGAGAGUCAGUUCAAGAAAGAAUCUCCGGCUAGCGGCGGCGGGGAAGAGGAGUUUGAUUUCUGCUCGUGGGGUGGGUCGACGUUGAAGGAAUCGGAGAUGUGCGCUGCGGAUGAAGUGUUUUUCCGGGGACAGAUUUUGCCCCUCCGGCAUUCCAUCAGCUCCGAUGGUGGCAACGCCGCCGGAAUCCGCUGCAAUUCCAUGGACCGUUGCCAUUCCGCCGGGCACACCACCGCGAGCAGCAGAAGUAGCAGCACGAGAAGCCACCAGUCAUCUAGCAGCGCCGCCUCCUCAUCCACUACCACCACACACCGUAAAAUCCGGAACCAGUUCCAAUACUCUCAGCCCAGCCCGACGCCGCAGCUUCGAUUCUCCAAGGCUCCACACGCCAAUAACUACGCCCGCAAUAAUUCCACCCUCUGGAGCCUCUUCCGCGUCGGCCUCGUUACAAUGCCGGAAAUCGGAUCCCACAGUUUCAGAGCUCAGAACAGAGACGACAACAACAACAACAACAACAAUCGUAACAACAUUGUCCGUAGCGGCAGCAGCAGCAGCAGCAUUGUAAGCAACUCCGACACCAAACCCAACAUUACCCAGAAGCUGAAGCAGAGAUUUUCAUUUUCAGACAAAAACCUCGUCUUUUUCGACACCUGCAAGUGCUCUUCCAAUUCCGUCCAAACAAUCCCUUCAGCACCCGCCAAGAACCAAGACCAGAAGAAAAACAAGGAACCCGUAGCUCAAUCGGUUCCUGGGUGGCAGAUUAUCCGCAAGAAAAACACAAAACAACAACCAACAACAACAGGGAAGCAAACCAUGUCACGUAUCCGAACGUUUGAAUGGUUAAAACAGCUUUCUCUAGAAGCUGAAGGUGCCGCCACAACCGUACCACUGAAUAAUUAAAACAGCUUAAUGGCUGUAUUGUGUUCUGAUUGUUUUUAAUUUCUUCUUUGUUCUCUAUAGAAGCUAGAUUGAUUAAUGGAGUAAUUAAUCACUGCUAAAAUGAAGACUGAUGUAAUGACUUAAUUGCGUAGCACCUAUGUUCCUGUUAGCUUGAUUAUUCAACGAGGACAUUAAUGAUUGCAGAUGUGUAGCCGUGAUUAGUGGGUUGAAAUGAAUAGCUGUGAGGAAUGUUGGCGUGCCGGUGAUAAUGCCGCU